AUCCUGCCAUCUCUUUACACACACCACAACCCAAGUUCUCUUGGUCCCACUGACUUGCUUCUGCUUCAAACAGGCGGACUGAUCGGCAAUAUUCAUCAUGAAGAUUGUUAUUUUUUCCUGUCUUCUAGCUGCGGUACUUGGGAUGAACUACGACGAAGCUGAAGCAGGUUUUGACGCUACCGACCUAGACUCUGAUGGGGUUGUACGGCCUGAGGAGAUGUCGACUUUCAUCGCAAAGACUGACACAAACAACGACGGAAGCAUAUCCAUUGAAGAGUAUACAGCUACUCAGCUACCCGGGACACCCGAGCUUGUAAUUCAGGGUAAUUUCAACUACUACGACAAACUAGAUGGCGCUGCUGACGGCGUGAUCUCUCUGUCAAUUGCUCCUGUGCUUUUUGACAUCCUCGACCCUGACAAUGACGGUGAAAUCACUCUUGAAGAUUGGUUUGCUGCUCUUCCACAGGUAAACGAUGGCAUCGAAAACGAGAUUGUAGCCUUAUAUGCAGCUUAACAGGCUGAUACAUGCGACACCUGACAGAUGAAGGGAGCUGAUGUUGCAGCAACUAAGGCUAUACAAAAGAAAGACACCGGACAGAGUUUCUAAUAAAAUUCAAAAUGUUUGAAAUGAA